AUCACAGAAAACCAUAAAUUAAGUGAGGUUAGAAACAAAGUAACCUAAAAAAAUUAUCCAAAAAUAAAAAAUAUUCGAAAUGUUUGGACUGUGUAGACAAACUUUAUUACGCGAUAUUUUCAGAUGUGGUUAUCAGUUUCCUUUCAAGACUUUAACUCAAGCUGCAAAUGUAGCGGAAACAAGUCAAGAAGAAUUAGACAAGUUGUUCAAAACAGUGGAAGUGGAGCUCCGUGGGAACGACCCUGCAGUCUUAAAUAGCUUUAUCAAAUUUGCGAAGACAGCAGGAAAUCACUUGAAUAUACAAUCACAAACUUGGCAUUUACGUAAACCUACACAUACCAGAUACACAGUUCUUAAGUCUGUACAUAUUUAUAAGAAACACAGGGUUCAAUACGAGUUUAGAACUUAUUAUAGUUUCAUCAGCUAUAAACAUUUAACUGAAUCUACUGCUUCUACAUUGCUUGAAUAUAUUCAGAGAAAUCUACCUGAAGGUGUAGCCUUAAAGGCUACCAUGAUAGAGCUUCAAAAACUACCAGAACAUUUGGUGAAUGAGGAUCAAAAGCAAUUAGAAUCAAGUUGAGAUGUAUUUAUUGAAUUGUAAUAUAGUAUAAGACAGA